AUGCUACAAGAAAGGGAGAGCAGCCAUGACCAAAUCACAGCUGAGCUGGACCAGCAGCUCAGGCACUGGGCCCAGGAGCUGGGAGCAGAGUGCCAGCAUCUACACCUCUUAGUGGAACAGAGUGGAGCCAAACAAAAUGCUGUGCAGCUACCUGCCAGUUCUACAGUGGCCGAAGCUCUAACAAAUCUGAGAGCACUAAGAGAGCAGCUGGAGCACUUGAUCAGCCAUCUACACCAGGAGCUUGAUUCCCAGAAAAAAAACACUGAGAAGCUGAGAAAGGACAAGGAGCGAGAAAUUAGCAUCCAGAGGCAACAGCUGAGGAUGGAGAGAGAUCAAGCCUUGGACUCCCUUAAGGAGCGUCUCAUUCAGGAGCACAUUGAGGAGUUGAGCAGUCUGAACAGGGCUCAUGUGAGUGAUGGAGGAGCUGAGGGAGGAGGAGUAGCAGUAUCUCUCCGCAAACAGCUGAAGGCCAAAGACUUGGAGCUGAGGCAGGUUCGGAGGAGCAUGGGUCAGUGGAAGGAACAGACUGCAGCUCGUCUGGCAUGCAAGUUUGAAGAAGAGCUGACAGCUGAGCUGGAAAGAAAAACGUCAAAGACUCAAGGGGAGAGACAGAGAAAGUCUGAGAGGCCUGAAGGAGAGAUGACGCUUAGUGCAAAGGAAACUCAGAAUUCAGUUUGCUCUCCCUUCCUCCAUGUGGUGGACUCUGCUGCUUCCCACAGCCCCUCAGACGUGGCUUCAUUUAAGCUUCUACGUUAUCUCCAGAGCAGAGUGAAGCAGCUCCGUCUAGAAAACCAGGCCUUUACCUGGAGCUCAUCUCCUCCAGAUACAGUCCCUGUAGAUUUGUCAGGAUCCUACCUUAAAACAAUCACUCAAGGUCAAGACAGUGCUGGGAUUCAGACCGAGUCAGCAAUCAGGACAGUAUCAAGUUAAGGAAAUGGAGCCUUAUUCUGUGUGUGUGUAUGUGUGUGUCUGAAUGACCACCAGUGAUAUAACUUUCUUAAACCUGAGUCUCAAGCGAGCUCUUUUUGCAUACCAUGGAGAUGAAUCAUUUACUGUCACAUGUGCCUCAGAUGGCAGAUUAACAAGCAGGUCACAGUGACAAAUGACACAACUGAAGAUCUGGUCAUCAAGUUCACAUUCCUUUGUGUUAAGGCACUCAAGUUUUAUGGCUUAAAGUUACAGUGAACUGUGAAUAAGUGAUGAACUGACAUUUCACUGGAGACUGAUGAUCAUGUGAGUUAUGUCAAAUAACCUCAUAAAGCUGACAGGUCUCUGUGGAAA